CAUCUGACCAAUCAUGAUUUAAAAGUUACGUUAUAUAAUAUGCUUCAGCUAUUUCAAGAUCAUAAUAUGGAAUGGUUUAGUUUACUCUUAUCUUCUUAUUAUUCCCAUAUACACAUACUCCUCAUUUGUGUCAAUAUAAUUCAGAUAAAAAAUGAAUUGGGAGUAUGACAGUAAGAAAUUCAAGUUAUUGUCUUAAUAUUUAACAUCUUUAUAACUAUAGAAAUGUUUAGUUUAAUAAUGUAUCGAAUAUUAUUCAUUUUUUUCGAUAUACUAUCAUUCAACAAUUAUAGUACAAAUGGAUUUAUAUUACAUUUACCACUGAGCAUCUCUAAUUUAUCAACAUCACAAUUAACCAAUCAAUCAUUAUAUACAGAGGAUCUUACAAUCAAUAAUACGAAUGUUUUCAAUGAAAGCAUUCUUGAAAAAACUUAUCAGAAUCAAACAGAAGAAAUAGAAGAGGAAUUAUUUGUCAAAGGUAGUGCUGGUGUAUGGGUUAUUAGUGUAAUGAGUGGGACAUGUAUAUUAACAAUUGCAUUUAUUGUUAGAGGUUUAUUCUCACGAGCUGAAGCAUUCCAUGAUGGUACAGAAAAUCACCAUGGUACAGAUAUUAAUGGUGGUUUCAUUGGAGGUAAUGGAUUCGCUAGUGGUGGAGCAGAUAUGGGUUUUUUAACAACAAAUAUGGUAUGAAAUGUAUUCUACAUAAAAUAACUUCAUUCAUGAUGUUUUUAAAUGAUUUCUGUGAUAUAGUAAUUAGAACCGGUUUAAUUGGUAGUAUAUAUCACAGUAUCGUGAAAAGGAUAGAAAAAUAUGAGUAUAUAUUCCAAUAUGUAAAGAGCGAUUUAAAGAAGCGGUAAACCAUUCCGAGAUUCACUGUUCCAAUGAUUAACAAGAAUACAAAUCUUAACAUAUUUUGUAAAGUUUACAAGUACCAUACAGUUUAAAGUUCAAGUAAAUUCAGAAGAAUUAUAUACGUGAAAUUCUAUGCCACUGUAUAUAUUCUAAAGGAUAAAAAAAACUAUUGUUAACAUCUGUAACUACUUCUUAUUUAAUCUACGUUCUUCCUAAAUUAUUCUAAAUAAAAUUAUAUUUUCUGAAUACAAAUAAAUGUGGUGAACAAAUAUACCUUUUCGGUACAUUCUUAUUUCUUGUGUUAUGAAUUCAAAUGAAAGAAAAAUUAAACUAAUUAGAAAAUUUAAUUUUUCUAGAUACCUUCUUGUUAAUUACCUGAUUUGUUUCAAUUUAUGAAGAAGAAGAAGAAGAAGAAGAAGGAAAAAACAGAACCUAUAAACACAUAGAAUGAAGCCCAUAAAUAAGAAUAAAUAUUUUAAUACGGCUUAUAUUUAAAGUCAUUUAUAGGAAAUUAUACGUUUGGUGCCAAUGGAUAAAUCUGAAAACAAUUAUAAAUCAAUAUCAUUUUAAUAAUAUUUAUUCUCGUUUGUAUAAAUUGAAUUCUUUAUACGAUAUCCAUGAAAAUAUCCAUUAUUUGUGCUGUGAUUCACUAGUUUUAUUAUCUAUACAUAUCUUACUGAUCCUUAGCUUAAAAUGACAAUGAUUUGCUAUAAUUUUUAAUACAGUGAUUUAUUUUGAUGUGAUAGUUGGUAGCCACUUGAAAAUGUAGCUUUUAAGUUAAUUGGUUAAAACAGUAUGUUGCUUUUGAAAUAGAUUUAAGUGCACAGACUCUAUUUAUCUUUUUUUAAUACACAUAUUCUCAUUGUUAUUAUUUCAGUUGUUUAUGACAUUCAUACAUUGAUUAUGCCAUCGAAUAACUCUAAUAUAUACUUACCUAUCGAGUGUAGAAUCUAGAGUAUAUCGUAAACUUGUGACAAAUCCCAGAUAAAUCUAAUUUAACGUCUUACAUUUUCAAUUAGAAAUACAUCUGAUUUAAGAAGGUUAUCUCUCUUAUAUAGUAUAAAUACGGAAAGACUGAAUGCUUGCGUAAAAUCAUAAAGAAAAAAAGACUUAAAAGAAGAUUUUUACCCAUGUCUAUUUUCUUUUUGAUUUCUUUAUUUGAUUUCAUCGACAUAUUUUAAAUAGUUCAACUGGUUGUGAGACAGAUUGUAGCAUUCCAAUAAACGUAUAUGUAUGUACAUAAAUUUUCAAGGAUGCAAAUAAGCUUCACCAUUUUGCAUAGUUUUCUGUCUAUGUUUUAGUAGAUACAAUUUACUAAAUGAAGUAUUCAAAUGCAAUAGUUAUGUGAAUAUAUCUGAUAUUCUUAAUGAAAUUUUACAUAAUAAUAAGUCCAAACAUUAUGUUAAUAAUACGUUAAGCUAAGUGGUUGGAGUGGAACUACCAGAAGUCAUUCAUAUAGAUUCUGAGUCAUUUGGUCUUUAUCACGAAAGUGUAAUGACAAUGUAGGUGCAAGGCUUCCCACUAAAAGCUUCCAACCAUUUAAGAUUAAAUAAAAUGUACUAUAUUGCGAAAUCUGUUAGAAUGAUCUCCACAGCUUGAUUCAAUAAAGAAAAUUAGAUCAACACAAACGAUUGGACAACAAAACAUUGGUUGUUUCUAAGUGGCUGAUGAGAGUGAUCGCCGUAUUUCACUAAGUAAAAAAACAUGAUAUUGUGCUUAGAGGGUUAGUCUAAUCUGAAUAUAAUCAUUACGAUGGGUUCAAACUAAAACAAAAUUGAUAUCUGAUAGAUUGCAAUGAUCAUCUAUUUUUGUCCUUGCAAAUGUAUAAUAUGUGAUCAUAUUUAAAUAGAUGAAAUAGAGUUUUAAUAACUUAAUUACAUAAAAUUAACCACUUAAUUGUAAAGUGAAUAUUUAUGGCGAGACUCUAAUGCAUGAACGACCUUUGAACGAAUCUUAAGUGACCUUGAGAAACAGUGACCAAUCAGCAAACAGUCAGUAUAGAGUAAAAAUAUGUUAUACAAAACCAAGGAAAUAAAGUGGAUACACUUCUUAUACAUGGUUCUAAAGCUUGUCAAGGUUAGAAAGAGGUUCGGAGGUUCUAGAAUCGUAAUGCAUGCAGUAGAGGAAAUCAUCCAUAUGGCUACAGAAUAGUCGGCCUCUAGAGUCAUGAUAACCCGAGCUUCCAAUUUUGGGG